AUGGAACCACAACUCGAUGACAUUACAAUAAAUAAACUCAUUCCGCAGAUAUUUGACCAGAUGAGAUCCAAUUUUGACUUGACUACGAGAAAUAAAAUAAGUGUUGCACCAACAUCUGCAAUCACGACACAAUCUUUGCUUCAGGAACUCGAAAGCUUGGAUAAAAUAAUUGAUAUGAUAGAUAAUAUUGAUAAAGUAUUGGCAGGGGCAGCUCCUAAGAAUAUCGCUCGAAUUCAUGAAGUAUGCAAGUCAACUAACACCAUUCUCGAUUCAUGGAUAAAUAUACAAUCGCAAGCAGGGUAUAUCCAUAGACUUAUGAAUAAACCGGCAUACGUUGAAAACCUUAGAAAUAAACUCAAAGGAGCUGACGGAAGUGUUGAACAGGAAUUGAAUUUUGAAGUAGAAGAAGUGGAAAGACUUAAGCAGGAAAUUGAGCGCCAAAAGCAGAAGCAAAUACUGCAAGAAACUAAUACUACGUCUAGCUUGCUGAACAAAGCAAGUUUUAGAAGGAGAGCCAUACCAAUAACUCGAAAUGCAGGAAAAAACAUUGUGUCAAAAUCGCAUGUACAUAAAAGAGAAGUACCUUCUAAAUCGACAACAUCUGGAAUUCCAACAUUAAAUAAUAAAACUGCAGCAUCUACUAUAAAAGCUCAAAGAAAACUGUUCAGAUAG